AUGCUUUUCAACGCUCAGACUCUGGCUUUGGCCGCUCUGUUUUCGACAUUGGUUACUGGACGGCCUUUCGACUCAUCAAAACCGCGCAAUGUCGUCCCACGCGACAAGACCUAUUCGGUUGUCAACGUUGGCGGAGAUUCAUCAACACCAGUACCUGCAACAGCCACUUCGGUGAUCGAGACGACGAAGACUGUCGAAGUCGUCGGACCGGGAGAGACAGUGACCGAAGAAGUCACUGCGACUCUCGAGCAGCGCAUCAAAGUCCUCGUCUUCGUCGACGCCAACAUCAUCCUCGUCAACACCCGCACCAACAACGACUUCGACUUCGUCACGAGUCGAAUCUUUGUCAACUCCCAGCCCGUCGGUACCUUCAUCAACAUCGAUCGCAACACCAACCAUCUCGAGCUUGGCUUCAAGUAG